AUGUUAUCUUUUCUUUACACAACAACGGUCGCCAUUUUGUUGGCACUAAACUACCAGGCUACUGGCUCGAACAUUCCACAGAUGCCCAGAAUUUAUGACUACGGCGGCCUGUUCGCUCAAAACAGAUGCCUGUUAAAAUCCGUCUCUGAUGUUACCUGUUAUCUAGAGUGGACUGUAAGUGAUGGCUGGAUUAAGAAAAACUGUCCCUCAGGUACGAAGUUCAUUGAAAAUGCUUGUCAGUGCUUAGCAGUUCCAGAAUUCUAUGGCGGGUAUUCAGUCCAGAACAACGAAGCGGAAAGCGCGACACCGUCAUCAAAACAAAUUGAUCUUCGACCGGCUGUUUGUCAGCUGAAAGCCACCGAGAACCGUGCUACUUAUUUAGAAUCGGUUGAAGGGCGUGGUUUCAUAACUAGGACCUGUCCCAAAGGAACGGCUUUUAAUUCCCAAGAAUGCGGCUGCACAACGAUUGUAUCGGAAUCGAGCGAUAGCGAAAUUGAUGACGACGACAGCGACGAGGAAACAAGCCCUGUCGUUGUGAAAGCAACUAAAGUAGCGCCAACCAAAGAGGUCGUUUCGCAAAAGAAGGUUUACAACAGCAAUGUCGCCUGUAACAAAAAAUCAGCCGAGAAGAACACCUUUUAUAUGGAACUUGUUCAUGGUCACGGAUGGUUGACCAGACCCUGUCCAGUGGGUACCGUUUUUAAUACUGCUGAAUGCGAAUGUAUAAAAGAAUCAGUUGCUGCAAAGAGUACCAGCGAGAGCCCUAAGGCAGGUUCCGCUAACCAGGAGACCGGAAGCCAGCAAGAAACGCCAGGAAGAGUCGAGCAGAAGAAAACGGUUCCGGAUGCUGGACGAGUUUGCACGAGGAUCACCGAUGUUCAUAAAGGCUUUUAUGUGCAGCUGAUUGCGGGAAGAAAGUGGGUUCGCGUUGCCUGUGCCGACGGAACUAUUUUCAGCGCGCUGCACUGCCGGUGUAUCGAGAUUUUCAGAACGACACAGAGGGUGGGCGAUUCUAGAAGCUCAGAAGAAUCUGACAGCUCAGAAGAAACAGACGGAAUAAAAACCACCCCCGAAAUCUGCAAGAUGAAAGCUGAUAAUGUAAACAAUCGCUAUCAAGAACUCGUUGAAGGAUAUGGCUGGAUAAGCCGACCGUGUCCCGAAGGCACUACUUUCAGUGUUAAAGCUUGCCGGUGUACACUCACUGCUCCGGGAAUUGGCGUUAAGCCGACGCAACCAGCAGUCCCGACAACGCAACCUAAAUCCACAACAACGACUGCUCCCUGCACGCGAAAACCAAGUCACACCAAAACUCUUUACCUCCAGAUGGUGUCAGAUGGACAGUGGGUUCUUAUGAAGUGUGCUAAAGGUACAGUGUAUAGUGCGCAAAUUUGUGGUUGCGUCUUACCUAUUGGUGGGAAAGUUUCGAGUGCCGAUAGCGGCGAAGAUUCCAGUGUGGACAGCGACGAAGAUUCCGGCUUAGAUCAUUCAAAUGUCGAUAGCAGCGAAGAAGAGCUCACAGCUGAACCUGAAACCGCGUCUGACAAGGAAAUCGUUUGCAAUAAAAGACCAGCAGACCAAAUCACAAGUUACCAAGAACUCGUUCAAGGUUUCGGUUGGAUAACCCGCGACUGCGCCAUAGGUACCAGAUUCGAUCCUACCACCUGUACUUGUUCGACAGCCCAUCCCAUCAAAAUGGGAAGCGGUAGCAAAGUCACCGCCUCUCCUAAAAUUAGCACUGCCCAGAAAGAAGAAAAACCGUGCGAAUCCGUCAAUACAUUACCGGUCAAGAUCGAAGGAGAUCAGAUUCCUGUUAAGUCUUUAUGUUUGAAAAAGCCCUCUGUGAACCCGCGAUUUUAUUUGGAGCUAUCCGGAAACUCGAUGUGGAUUAAUAGGUUGUGCCCAACAGGUACGGCUUUUGUAUCACAGCAAUGCCGUUGCUCACCGGUCAGCAUUUUCAGCCAAGAUAUUCAAGGUACAGACUCAAGCGACGAAUACGUCGAUCAACUUGGACAACGUCCCAGUGACUCGUCUCUCUUUGAAAAGAUGCUUGCGAAAAAGAUCUUUGAGCAGUCGAACAGUUUCCAACUGAAGGCCACUAACCCGUCUUUUUAUCAUCAUCCAUCAUUUACAAGAUCACCGAUGCAGCGUAAGUACGCCACCGUGAAAUAUCCCAACUAUCGAAUUUCUUAA